AUGGAGGAAAAUUUAUACGGAGCAAGAGUAGAUAAUAACUCGGACAGUCCUAUCAGCGAAUUUUAUGCAGGAAAGAAUUUAUUUGUGACUGGGGGAACGGGAUUUUUAGGAAAAGUUCUCAUAGAAAAAAUCUUACGGUCGUGUCCAGGACUAGGAACUGUGUAUGUGUUAACACGAAAAAAACGAUGCCAAGAUAUUCAUGAGAGAAUUCAUGAUCUCCUGUCAUCGAAGUUGUUUGACAAAUUACGUAAAGACCAGCCGAAUUUUGAAGAGAAAAUCCAGCCAAUAGAGGGCGAUAUAAUCUUACCUGAAUUCGGACUGUCGAACGAGGACAGACAACUCUUAAUUAAUGAUGUACAUAUCGUCUUUCACAGUGCUGCUACUAUUAAAUUUGAUGAACAUUUACGUACUGCUGUAGAGUUGAAUGUGUUACCAGUCAGAAAAAUUAUCAAACUAUGUCAACAGUUUAAAUCAUUACUGGCUCUAGUACAUGUAUCUACAGCCUAUUGUAACUGUGAUAGACCGUAUAUAGAAGAAACUAUUUAUGAACCUCAUAUAGCUCCACAGAAACUUAUAGACGCUCUCGAAUGGAUGACAGAUGAUAUGGUAGAAUCAGUCACACCAAAAUUACUAGGCAGUCAUCCGAAUACUUAUACAUUCACAAAACAGCUGGCUGAGGCAAUAUAUAAAAUGGAAGGUGCAGGGUUACCGGUAGCGAUUAUUAGACCGUCUAUAGUGGGUGCUGCUUGGAAAGAACCAAUACAGGGUUGGAUAGAUAAUUUUAAUGGUGCCAGUGGUCUAUGUAUUGCUUCUGGGAAGGGUUUAUUACGGUCUAUGAAGGGUGAUUUUAAAGCAGUAGCUGAUCUAGUACCAGUUGAUAUACCAACUAAUAUAAUGAUAGUAGUAGGGUGGUAUACUGCUGUAUAUAAACCUAAAGAAUCUCUAGUAUAUAACUGUACCUCCGGGGCUGUCAAUCCUUUAACAUGGGGAGACUUUCAGGUUGGAAUAAUGGAUUAUUUUAAAAAGACGCCACUAGAAGGAUCAUUUCGACGUCCCUAUACCACAUUUACUUCUAAUGAAAUGCUACAUGAUUAUUGGGUGUUUGUAAGUCACAUGAUACCAGCGUAUCUCGCUGAUUUCGGUUACAGACUGAUGGGCAAAAAACCAAGAAUGGUAAGAACAUAUAAUAAACUACACCGAUCAAUGGAGAUAUUAUCGUUUUUUACCACACAUUCCUGGGAAUGGACCAGUGGAAACCACGAUUUACUACGUCAUGUUUUAUCAGACGCAGACAAAAAGACAUUUUAUUUUGAUCCACGACAGAUUCACUGGCCAACCUAUCUAGAGAAGUUUUGUUUUGGAGCUAAACAUUAUGUUUUAAAUGAGGAUAUGAAUGCGUUACCAGCUGCUAGAGCUCAUAUAAAAAAAUUAAGGAAUAUACGCUAUAUGUUUAAUACGUGUGUUAUAGUGGUAUUAUGGAGAGUUCUAAUAGCUCGUUCUCAAAUCGCACAAAAUGUUUGGAACCUCAUUCUAAGCCUUGUCUUUAAGUUUGUCCGAUAUUUUAAAAUAACUAGCACUAUACAGAAACACUGA